AGAAAAAAUUCUUGUAAUACACAUAUAUACAUAAGUUAUCGUGGAAAAUUAAAAAAAAAAAUCAACGUACAUAUCUAAAUUAAAUAUGCCGAAGGCUAUAGAGGGAAAAGAAGUUUUGGAGGCGCUUGCCGAGUUUAAGGAGCCUGUGACCUUGGACGAAAUCGUGCGCUACGUAGCAAAAGUUAGUUCGCAGUCGGAAGAUAAAGUGAAGAAACUCGUCGAGGAGGUAUUGAAUGGUGGAGUACGGUACGGGUUUGUGCAGAAGCACAAUGAGUUUUAUUAUCGAGUUUGCGACGCUGUUGAUGCUAUGGACGAGAGCUCCGAAAUGGAUGAGGAUGACGAAGUCGAUAGUGCGGAAAGCUUAGAGAGUAUGGACAGUGGAGAUGUACCCCCUGAACCGAAAUCAAAAAAGGGAACAGAGUCAAGGCCAGCUAAUGCACGCAUGCCAUCGCGAAAGGUGUCGAAAUCCAAAAAAAAUAAUAAAUACGAAAAGGAUCGUAAAGAUAAAAACACUAGGGAUAUUCUCAGCGAUGAAGAAGAGGGAGAAGAAAACGUCUGCGACGAAAACCGACAUAGACGGUCCCAUAAGUGUAACAGCGACUGCAGCAGUUUCCACCGAAGACAGUCGGUUGACGACCAUGGAUAUUUACGGGCCCGGAGUCGCUCGACUUCACGCCGUCGAUAGAGCAGCGUUGUCCAGCAAGCGUUUGAGCGAAAUCGCGCUAGGUCUUUUGUUGUCGUAUGAGUUAAGUUAGUUUACCAUACUAAAAAUUGUCUGUGAAAUGUAAAAUUUAUAGCGGAAAAUAAAAAGGAAAUGUGCCAUUUGAAUGAUUAAACGAA